AUGCGAUUCUCAGUCGUCGCUUUCAUCCCUCUCGCCGUCCUCGUGGGCCCUGCCCUCUCUGGCACCGUCCAAACCAGAGGCGACUACGAUGGCAAAGUCGAUUACAACGAUAAAUACCACAAAGACAACGACCGCGAGUUUGGUGACCACAAGGACGACCGGGGAUGGAAGAAUGGCAAGUACACCCCCUACAGCACCGGGUUUAUCAAGAAGGACACCUUUGAGAUCGAUUGCAAGAAGCACGGUUGCAAGGACGACUACAAGUGCCACACUUGUCAAAUUUACUCGGAGGAGGAAGAAGCAGAGGAGUUCAUCAAGUACUACGAUGAUAAGUACGACGGCAAGCACGACGACAAGUAUGGCAGGAAGUAUUACGACUCUUCAUGCUGGAAUGUCUACUACUGA